CGGCAGCCCGAGGCUCCAAGUCAGAAGCCUUCUCGCCAGCUCGGCGGCGGCCGGAGCAGCGGCGGCAGGCUCCCGGCUGGACGGGAGCAGGGAGGGCCGGUUCCGGCGGGCUGCUCGUCCCGGGAGCCUGGCACGCGGACGGGAGAGCGGGAUCGGGUGCAGAGCCCGCACGCCGCCCUGCCCCGGUUUCGUUCCGCGGCGGGGGGCUCGGCGCGUGGAAAGAAUUUCGGCGGCUGCCACGACUCGCGUGCAACCCUGCCUGGUAUAUGCAGGCUGCAGAUUGGAAUGUAGUGUGACGUGGCACAUGUCGGCAAAUACACACUCACGGUGAAGGCAGGGUGAGCAGUGCCCGAGGACAGACCUCGCCAUUUGAUUCUAUUUAGAAGAUAGCCACGCAUUCAGAAGGGAACGCUUCAGUGGCUGAAGGAGCUGUGACCUUUUAAGCAGGGUGUAGUCGGAGCACAGAGGCGGGUAUAUAAAAGACAGCACAGACCGGAAGAAAGACUGAUGAAGAAGAGUAACAGCAUGAUUGAGGUGAUGAAGACAUACUGGAACACGCGGAGAAGCUAAGAUGAGGAGAGUCUUUUUAAAAUAAUCCAAGAAAGAGUCCUGUUCAGAAAUGAGGCGAAUUAAUGUUUGGACAUCAUUGCACAAAGAGUUUUGAAACUGCCCUGACGAUCUUGCCAAAUGAGUCUCUGCUCAUGAGACCCAACAAGAUGACCCAGCCAAGGAGGGAUAGUGUCCCGCCCCGUAUGAACAGUGACUGCUGACGUCCGAGAGCAAGCUGGGGGUACCGAAUGCUGUCUGCCAGUACCAUGAAGGAAGUGGUUUAUUGGUCACCCAAGAAGGUGGCAGACUGGCUGUUGGAGAAUGCUAUGCCAGAAUACUGUGAACCUCUGGAGCAUUUCACAGGCCAGGACUUAAUCAACCUAACCCAAGAGGAUUUCAAAAAACCCCCACUGUGCCGAGUCUCGCCUGACAAUGGGCAGCGACUCUUAGACAUGAUAGAGACCCUGAAGAUGGAGCAUCAUAUGGAAGCACACAAGAAUGGCCACGCCAACGGACACCUCAGCGUUGGCGUUGACCUUCCCAACCCUGAUGGCAGCUUCAGCAUCAAGAGUAAACCCAACGGAAUGCCAAAUGGGUUUAGGAAAGAGAUGAUAAAGAUUCCCAUGCCAGAACCGGAGCGCUCGCAGUAUCCCAUGGAGUGGGGCAAGACUUUUCUGGCCUUUCUUUAUGCACUUUCCUGUUUUGUUCUCACUACAGUGAUGAUCUCGGUCGUCCAUGAACGAGUACCUCCUAAGGAGGUGCAGCCUCCACUACCGGACACGUUUUUUGACCAUUUUAACCGGGUGCAGUGGGCAUUUUCUAUUUGCGAAAUUAACGGCAUGAUCCUUGUAGGACUCUGGUUAUUUCAGUGGCUGCUCUUAAAAUACAAGUCUAUUAUUAGCAGAAGAUUUUUCUGCAUAGUUGGCACGCUGUACCUGUAUCGGUGUAUUACAAUGUAUGUAACUACACUCCCAGUACCUGGCAUGCAUUUCAACUGUUCUCCGAAGCUCUUUGGAGACUGGGAAGCUCAAGUACGAAGGAUAAUGAAGCUCAUUGCUGGAGGUGGCUUGUCCAUCACAGGCUCACACAACAUGUGUGGGGACUAUCUGUACAGUGGCCACACAGUCAUGCUAACGCUCACCUACUUAUUUAUCAAAGAGUAUUCCCCUCGGCGGCUCUGGUGGUAUCACUGGAUCUGCUGGCUCCUCAGCGUCGUCGGAAUCUUCUGUAUUCUCUUAGCGCAUGACCACUACACUGUGGACGUGGUGGUGGCCUAUUACAUCACCACAAGACUCUUCUGGUGGUAUCACACGAUGGCCAAUCAGCAAGUGCUUAAGGAAGCUUCCCAGAUGAACCUCCUGGCCAGGGUGUGGUGGUACAGGCCAUUUCAGUACUUUGAAAAGAAUGUCCAAGGAAUUGUACCUCGCUCUUACCAUUGGCCCUUCCCCUGGCCAGUAGUCCACCUUAGUAGGCAAGUUAAAUAUAGCCGGCUGGUAAACGACACCUAACAGCUCUGCAGACUAGGGGAAUGAAGAACGGUCGGUCCGAAGUGCUAAGAACUCCGUGAGAGAAGAUGCCAUAACCUCCCGCCACCUCUCAACAGUUACCGUGACUUAGCCUAUUGAGUUACCUGCUCAGCACUGUGAUCUUUUCUUUUCUCUCCAAAGGACCCGCGUUGGACAACAAUAAAGGAAAGUUACCAUAUCAUGCACUGUACGCAUUUCCUGUUGAUAAGCAUGGGGCUUCUAUAAUGGGCAGCCACCGUGUCCCUCCGUGUCAUUCAGCCACACCACCGUGCGCUUCCAUAUCCUAAGCUCUGGCCUUUCCAGCCACAUCUGGGAAUAAAGUGUGUUAUUUUCUUGGGAAAACAUACUUUUCAUAUCUCUUGCCCCAAAGACAGGGCUGUAAGCCAUUUUCUAGUAAAUGUCUCUAUGAAGGGUCCUAAGUGUCUGAAUGGGCGUUGGUUCAGAAUCUCUCUGUCAAUUGCACGGAUGCUCAGCUGAAGACGCUAGGUGCAGAGAGAUCUGGUCACCGUGAGUUUUAUAUAGUCAGCAGAGACAGUGUAUCAAAAAGUGCAAAAAAAAAAUUCUGUUAUAAAGUGAUUUUUCUAAGUAUUUCCUAACUUUAUUUUUCAAAAUGAUGUUAUGAAAACCAAAUUUAAAGAUUUUUACAUGUCACAGAAAAGAGAGUUAACAUUUAAAAAUGCUUCUUGGGAGAGAAAUUUGUCUAUGUUUCUAGUGCCUUUCUUGUCUUGAUUGUAUGGUCGGUUGGUAGGCAAUCUUAAAUGUUUUUAUUUAUUCCAUGAAAAUAUAAAUGUAUGUAUACACUACUAAAUUUUACAUUUAUAGCUAAAUUAAGUCAAAAGACUGCUAAUGGUUUUUAAAUUGUUUUGGACUGAAGAGCAGGGGUGUGAAUUAGAGUAUGGACCCAUUCACAUAUUGUGGGCAGGCAGUGCUGACAAGUGCCCCUGCGAUUGUUCUGUCUGUUUGGGAGUUCCGUUUUCACUACUCAAUAAAAACAGCCAUGAAUACCUUUUUUUAAAGAGUUUCAAAAAUGAUCACUUACCUAAAACUUGAAAGCUAUAAAUUAGUUGUCCAUGCUCUCUGACAGUUUUGUUGGUGAACAACAACAACAGAAAGAGAUCUAUUUCUUUAAAAUAUAUUUGUGCAGAAACUGCAUGGAACUGAGUUUUACUCCUGACAUACAUGUUUGGGGAAGUAUUCUACUCUGUACUUGCCAACGUGGAGAACAAAAUAGUUUUCUAAGAGCGAAGAAGUAUAUAUAUAUAAAUAUAAAUAUAAUAACCAUUCUGUAUUUUAUGUGCAGCAGGAUUACCUUCUGUAGGGUUUUGUGUGUGUGUAUGCAUGCACGUGCGCGUGCAUGUAUGGUUGUGUGUGUGUGUGUGUGUGUGUGUGUGUGUGUGUAUACUCACAAGGUGAUAUUUGUAUUGUAAAACAAUAAUGGUGAAGGAAAUAAAAAGGCUUUUAAAUUUUUGUUUGUUUUAAA